GAGAAACGUUUAGGAAUUUCUGCCGGACAAUGUGACAUUUCGUCAACAGACGGAAAUAUUGCAGACGCCGAUCUUAUAUUGGAAAUGUCAGGAGUUCAGGACGGUGCAAAUAACGACAGUCGACCGGUUAUAUCAGUCUAUAACGGUAGUAAUUUUGUGGGUCGGCUUGUGGUGAUCGAAAAGGGCAAAGAAACUGUGUCGCCGGUAAGCAGCAUGUCAGCGCUGGAACAAAGUUCAGAUUCCAGCAGUGAAUCUAUCGAAAAAUGUAUAAAACCACAGGCUCAGAAACGAAAAAUGAAUCAUGAUUUACCUGCGGAGAAUAAGAGAUAUAAGGUGGACCCUACCGUGAGCGAGGAAAGCUCGGAAAACACAUCAUCAGGGUCCCUGUUCGAUGGAUGCGGAAUGGUCCCAUGCGAUAUUAAAUCUCGUGCUUCUAGUUCAGAUGAGGAAGAUGAUCAGCCAAUGGACAAAGAAGCAAGCAAUGAUGCACCAUUCGUUGAUAUUCUCCCGGAAAACAGCUCGAGUCAUAGUGCCCAAAGUAGAAAAAUGCUUAAGUAA